ACCUGCCAAGUGACGUCAAAGUUGCGACAAUCGCCGUCCGUCCGACGGGUAUUGGCGGAAAAUUUUCAAUAAAUUUAAUAGAAAAAUGAGUAGCUACGGGGAUGCCGGUUCGUGAGUUGUGGAUCCCGCCGCACCGAAGAUUAAUAGUCGAGUGUGAUCAGGCUCAGUUGAGUGUAAGGUGCCGCGUAGACUGGAAGCAAAACUGUUUGCUGGUAGUGCCGUGCAGUGUACUUUGUAUUCUAUCGCGCCGUAUUCUCUCCAGGAUCCAGUAGAUAAUCUUCUGCAGUUCUGAGAUCUGAGUCUGAUAAGAGUGAAAGAUUGACUGACAAAUAUCGCACCGUAUCCGUCAAGUUUCCAGAAGAACUGUUUGAAAGUCUCAGUGUCUAGCGUUGUGAGUAAGCGAAAUAGCAUGCAAUAGAGGGAUCCCAUCUUCGCACACACACCAAAAUGAACGUAGAUAAAAACAGCAUCGAGAUAACGAUACCGCUGAUGCAGGGCGGCACUAAUCUGCACUUCCAAAACAUCACCUACCAGGUGCGACAGCGCAAGGAAGAGAAGCAGCUGCUGAAGAACAUUUCGGGCACGUUCCGCACCGGACGGCUAACCGCCAUCUUGGGACCUUCGGGUGCCGGCAAAUCGACACUGUUGAACGUACUCAGUGGUUUCAAAACGCAGGGCGUUAGCGGAAAUAUAAUUGUCAACAAUGAAAUCAUCGAUCGGCAGAGGUAUCGUCAGUUGGUGGCCUAUACCGCACAGGACGUUACCCUGUUACCCAACAUAACGCUGCGGGAAAAUCUACACUAUGCGGCCGAUUUGAAGCUUUCGCGUGAGGUAUCGCAAGCGCACAAGAUCAAGAUCGUGAACGAUGUGAUUGGGCUGCUGGGGCUUCAGAAGUGUGCCCACAAUCAAUCGCAACUACUGUCGGGAGGUGAAAAGAAGCGACUAUCGAUUGGGCUGGAGCUCGUUUCGAAUCCGAAGAUUAUGUUCUUCGACGAACCGACCAGCGGACUGGACAGUGUGUCCUCGUAUCAGGUGAUCUCGUACAUGAAGGAUCUCGCACGACAGGGCCGGUGUGUGAUCAGUGUGAUCCAUCAGCCAAGCUCGGAACUGUUGGAGCUGUUCGACGAUAUCUAUGUGGUGGUGGACGGCAGGUGUAUGUAUCAGGGUUCGUUGGAUGACUUGAUACCGACGCUGGCGGAGGCCGGUUUUAGCUGUCCGGCUUACUACAAUCGAGCGGAUUUUGUACUGCAAAUAGCUUCCCAGUACGAUGCAAAGUCGGGCGAGGUGGAAAAGCUGAUGGUCAAAUCGGAAAAGUCCGUCAACGCUGCAAUGAAUUUAGGUAUUCAGGAAGAGUAUGAUUUAACCGAAUUUCUUGUGGAAGGACGCGGUCCGCAGUAUCCGAUUAGCUGGUGGGAUCAGUUCACUACGCUCACCCGACGCACCACACUGGGCACGGUUCGGAACCCGUUGCUGAUGGGGUUACGAUUUUUCGGGCACGUUUUGUUCGGUUUUACGAUCGGGUUUGUAUUCUACAACAUUGGAAACGAUGCAUCGAAGGUGCUGUCGAACAUCUCGCUGCUGAUUGCCUUCCUGAUGUUUAUUACGUUCGCUAAUGCCAUGACGGUUAUACUGACAUACCCGCUGGAGAUGGCUGUGUUUGUGCGGGAACACAAAAGCAACUACUACUCCAUCUCGGCGUACUACUUCUCCAAGCUGGUAGCCGACUUCCCCUGGAUGCUGUCCGGCGUCACCGCUUUCCAGCUGAUCAUGUACUACCUCAGCGGUCAGCUGAACGAAACCGAUCGGAUCAUUAUGUUCUGGGGCAUUUGCGCGCUGUUUGGGUGGCUUUCGCAAGUGUACGGACUGAUCGCCGGCUGUCUGUUCCCGAUCGAGAUCAGUCCAUUCAUUGUGCCGGCCUCAAUCAUCCCUGCGCUUCUAUUCUCCGGGUUCUUCAUAAGAUAUAACGAACUGCUAGAUUUCUUUAAACCGCUCACGCUGGUCAGCUAUUUCCGGUACGGGUUCGAAGGACUGGUGCAGGCAACGUACGGUCACAAUCGGACCGAGCUGGGCUGUGAGGAGAUCUUCUGCUACUAUCGCAAGACGAGCAAAAUUCUCGAAGCACUCCACAUGGAGCCGAACCGCUACUGGACGGAUGUGCUCGGGCUUGGCAUCUGGAUUCUGUUCCUGCACGUCGUGCUGUACCUGAGCCUGCGGCUACGGCUACGGUGGAAUCGCUGAGCUCGGUCAGCCUCAUUUGCAAAGUAAAUCCCGCGAGUCUAGAACCAGCGUUGACUUUGUUGGCAUAAGCUGAUAAUCGAGCGCACCUACCAUUGAAGGUGUGACACGCAAUAGGAAUGUUUCAUCAUUAGUUGAGCUAUACCACAGCGCGCACACACACACACACGCGGUGUUAUUUGCACAACUGCACAGUGAUAUUACAUCGCAGUUCUAAUGGCGAACGGUGGUAGCAGGUAUAUGAAUGAAUAAUUUGUAGAAUAAUAACCAUGUCAGCAUGUGAAACGCGGCUGGCAUAUAAUGUGUCAGCCUAUCCCGAGCUUCUCGGUUGGGAUUAAGAUCAUGUCAGUAACGCAAACUUAAAAACAGAGCUUAAGACGGUGGUAGCCAUGGGGAGGAGAAUGAAAUCUUUUUAUGAAUAAUUUGUAGAUCAACAAGCAAUAAAGUUGUGAUGCGAUAAGAGCAAAUAAAGUGUAUUUGUUUC